CGACUGUAUUAACAGAGUACACGCAACCAGUAAGAAAGUCAGUUGCACGAUUAGCUUUAUGUUUGAACGAAAAAGUGGUCUGUUCGAAAUUGUAAAACAUGUCUUCUAUACCAUCUGUUCACGUUGGGUGUGACGAAAUGGAUAAAGGCGCCAUGUCAAACAAUGUUGGUAUCGGGGCAAUGCUCCUGAGAUGGAAGUGUUCCGUCUACAAAGUCGUGUACCGAGAAUUUUUAGUUUUCCUCAUCCUGUUUGGAAUUGUUAGUGCUGUAUACCGCAAUGGAUUGAAUGAGGAUCAGAAAAAGUUAGAACAAUGUAAUUUUCGGUCACAAAUCCCCAUAACAAAACGAUUCUUUCGCAGAGCUUUUCACGAAUCACAAACUUUUUUCGAGAACUACACAAAGUUGAUCUCUCUACCGUUUCUUCUCGGUUUCUACGUUACCAUCGUCGCAGGUCGAUGGUGGCAGCAAUACAUGACGAUCCCUUGGCCGGACAAGUUGAUGCUAACUCUUCAAAUGUAUGUACCGGGUAAGGACGAAAGGUCUCGAAUUAUUCGGCGAGUAUUAUUACGACGAGCUUUAUUGAUGCUAACCCUGUUACUGCGCUCAAUCUCACGUGCCGUCCGUCGACGUUUCCCAACUCUACAGGAUUUGGUGAAAAAUGGAAUAAUGACCAGAACCGAAAAGCAGUGUUACGAAUCGAUUUCUCCAGUAGUAAAUCUGUUUUGGGUACCCUCAACAUGGUUUACUUCAACGCUCAAUGAAGCUGUUAGGGAUGGUAUUUUGGUCGACCCUGCAGGCAACAAACUCAUUAUGGAGGAAUUUCUGGAGUUUCGCGCGAACUGCGGAGCCCUUUGGAGCUACAACUGGGUUUCUAUUCCCAUGGUGUAUACCCAAGUCUGUACACUGGCAACUUAUUCCUAUUUCAUCGCAUGUCUCAUAGCACGUCAGUAUACCGGGCCUAGUUCUGCAGUCGGAGCUAUCGACAUCUACUUCCCUAUCGGGACGGUCUUGGAACUUGUUUUUUACGUUGGACUCUUAAAGGUAGCUGAGCAAAUGAAAAAUCCAUUCGGGGAUGACGACGAAGAUUUUGAUCUCAACUUUCUCCUCACUCGUCAUUUGAAAACCGUUCACCUUGGGUUAGACUAUCUGAACGAUCUGGUGCCACCGCUGAAAGACGAUCAACCAUCGAACAAUAAAGACAUCAGACAGCAGGCGAGAGUACCCACUACUCAAAUUACCCAUCCAACCCGAUUCAAGACGGUAUCUUCAAAGAUUUAGAUGAAAUUACAGUUAAAACUGUUUUAUGUCAAUAGCUCCCGAAUAGCUCAAAUUAAAACAUUUCUGUUGUCGCUAACUGUUCGUUGCAUAAUUCACCGCAGCACGCACUACAAAUCUGAUCC